CAGCUGAUUGAGAGGUUUAAAUUAACCUAAAAAACCGGGUUUGCUUUAAAUGUCACGAUAACUUUCAAAAAAAUUUUUCUCAGGUUAUUCACCCUGAAAUAUUAAACCAAUUUUUCUUCUAAAUUUUUUUAAUGAAAUUAUUUUUCAUUUCCUAAAUUAAUGCCAAUAUAGAACCCAAUUUUUUUAGAUUAGGGAUUACACUUUAUUUGUUUGAGUUUGUUUUUAAGGUACCUGCAUAUUUAAAUUGAAUUAACAGUGCGCGAUAAAGAAAUUUGUGUGCUAUGAAUGGCAUUUAUUGUACACUUUAAAUAUCAAGGUAUAACAGGAAACAGAUAUUAAAAGUCAAAAUAUUUAUUCAAACUUUAUUUGUGUAUCUCGCGUCCUUGAGAUUGAAUGUAAUAUGACACCUUUGAUAAAUCGUAGAAAUUGAUAAGGGCUAUGUCUUUUUUCAUUCUAGAAUGACUAAUAGUAAUUUGAAAACUAUAAGACCGAUUCCAUAAAUUAUCUUAAUAGGUUCAAUAUGGGCUUAUUUAUUAUUUCACAUCGCUUGAGUUGAAAACAAUAUAAAGCAUAAUUUGAAUGCUAUAGGUAUUAAAGCUUCCUGAAAUGUCUUUCAGUUGACCUUGUAUUUCCCUUAAAAUUGAUAAAAGUUGAAACGUUUCAAUGUUCAUAACAAAAAACGAUGUUUAUGUUGAAUAAAAUGUAUAUAUGGACCUGAGUUUUCGAUAGUUUCAAAUUUCACGUAUAUCCUAUAUGAAAAUUUUGAGAAUAUGUAGUGGAUUUUUAGUCCCCUAUACGAAACCCUUAAUCACCAGAUAACUAUGACGAUAGGCUUUGUGUAUGGGGCGAUUAAAAAUCGUUUUGAGUUUAUCAACCUUCAAUAGCUUUUUGUCAUAUUCUCUUCGUAUCUAGACGUUACAGCUGCCAUUAAAUAUUAAGAAAUCUACUUACCAAUAAUGUAUGAAAUUAUUCAAAAAGCAAUUUAACGACCUACUGAAUAUUGAAUGAUUCUGAAAAUAUUUGGUUACCUCUAUAUCAUGCCCAACUGUAAUAAUAUUCAUUUGAUGAUCUUAUCGAAGUUGUAAUAUGUCUAGCAGAGAUGAACUCAGGUGUUUCAAAAAUUUACAAAUUUAUUGGCAAAGAAUUGGCCUUUAUCCAAAAAAAAUGGAGGAUUUCACUACAAUGUAUGGUAUCAGAAGUUCCUUGAUAAUGCUUUUAUUCCAAUUUCCUUUCAUGUUUGGCAUUCUAGGAUAUGCAUACACCGCUUUCAGAGGUGGCGUAUAUAAUAGUAUCCUGUAUUCAAUAUAUUGCUUCAACUUUGUAGCAACGGUUCAAGCCUGCAUACUUUUUUUUCUAACUCGAGGAAGGAACACAUUACAGUUUUUGAUGAAAUUAGGAGAGGCAAACUAUGGUAAACCGAAAAAUUUCGAUCUAACCAUCAAUCUUGCUGAGAAAGCUACUACUUUCCUUCAUAAUACAAUCAUAAUAGAAGAAAUUUUGGUGGUUAUCACCUCUCAUUUCAAACAAGCCUUUUGCGAUGAGAAAGACCUACUAGGUGACGACAGAAUUGUAUGUGGUCUUAUGGUGCCAUUGUGGUAUCCAUUCAAGAUACCUUACGCUAACUUAAUUUUAUCAAUAUAUCUGUUAUUCUUCUUGCCAUAUUUGGCUGCUCAGACGUGCGGUAACAUCCUGUAUGUCGGUAGUGUUGUACCGAUACUGCCUAAAAUAGAACACCUGAAGGAUUUCUUGAAAGCAAUAGAUUUUGGAGACGAACAAAGAUCUCAUGAAACAAUGAAAUUAUGUUCAAGAUACUACUCAGAUAUUUUAGAGCUGGUGGAUCAAAUGAAUGAGACUGUUGGUUUCAUUAUGUCUCCAGCUCAAAAUGUUUUAGUGGUAGUGAUGGUUGGUCUCUUAGAAUAUCAAGCUGUCAUGGAUAAAAAUAUAUUGGCAGCAUUUCAGCUGGUGAUUUGGCUUAUAAUCCAGUUCAUAUCAUGCCUCUCUGGCCAAAUUCUGGAAAACGCAAGUUUAUCCAUCACUGAGUGUGUAUACGAUAUGAAAUGGUAUGACAUGCAUCCAUCUCUUAGGAAUACAUUCAAGAUUUUACAAGGGCAAGCACAGCAAACAAUGCAUUUCAAAAUUCAACCAUUGAUAACGAUGAACAUGGAAUAUUUUUACAAGGUUAUGCAGAGCUCUUAUUCGUUUCUGAUGUUUUUAAGCAACUUCUAAAGAUAUUUAGAUGACUCAAGUAUAGGUGUGAAAAAAGUCUUUACUUCAACUGAUAUAACAGCAUUCAACACUUUGCACUACUAAGUACCUGAGUAAUAAUAAUCAAUAUACUGAAAUGUUCGAUAUUCAAUAACGAUACAAUCAAAAAUAGAAAACACCGAGCACACAGUUGAUUGUACCAUUUUGAAAAUCACAUCUAUUCUCAUUAUAAUUGUUAUCUACCUUCACUUUGAGGAUAUUAUUCAGAAUAUCUGAAAAAUUAAUAUGUUACAUAUAGUGACUUUUGAUCUCUUGAUUGAAGGUUUGAGAAUGUGAAGCUGUA